AUGCUAUCUAGAUUGUGUGCAUAGAAAUUUACUACAUAAAUCCAUGGAGUUCCAAUUAAAUGUAAUUGUUUGAUCAAAAUGUUUUAGUAUUGGAAGCAAUGAAAUUUGACAUACCAAAAGUAUCAGAGGAACGAUAUAAAAAUAUAAGAACUCUUACAUGUUAUCUAUAAGAUCGAUUACAUGAUAGUUAAUUGAUGGACUUUGUUAGAGAAGUUUAAUUGAUAAAAGAGAAGGUAUUGAUGUAUUUUAAUAUUUGUUUAGGAGUAUACUAAUACUUUACAAUUGAAAUCUAGUAUUUUUAGACUUUUUAAUUAGUGUAAGAUUUUAUUGUUAUUUUCAGACCAAGUAUUAGAUCUUGUACCAUUGGCUUUAAGAAUUGAUCUAUAAGAAUUGUAGCCUGAGCAUUUUUAUGAUGAUUUUGACAGAAUAGAAACAGAGAUCAAAAGUGAAUAUACUUGUUUUGUACAAAAUAGAGCAAGUUUAUUUUAACCAUAGAAUAAAAGUCUAACUGAUUUCAUUUAAUAUAAACGUAAACAUCAUAAAUUGAAAAUUGAAUAAGAUGAAAAAGUUCCUGCUUUUUCAUAAAUAAUUGAUGAUAGUUUGAUAAAUACUUUAUUACCAAAAUAGGAAAUGGAUUCAUAUGAAGCAAAUAGCAAAGAGAUAGUUUAAAAUCAAUUAGUAUUGGCCAGAAAUUCUAGAUUAAUGAACAAACAUAUAAAAUAGAAAGAUGAGAGUGAACUUAGAACUCCUUUAUAAUUAAAAUAGAUUGAUAAUGUAGAGGGAAUCAAGGAAACUAAUUAAGUCUGUUUAUAUAACUUACCUUAUAUAUUGGAUGAGAAAUUUAAAUAGGAUUGUAAAGAAUAUUUUGAAUAAAGAUUUGGUGAGAUAGAGUCAAUAGAAUAUUUUGAGUAUUGUAAUUUCAAAAAGCAAAUAGAUUAAAUAGCAACAAAUAAAUCUAAUGAGAAUAAGGAUUUCUAUUAAAGUUUAGAUUAAUUGAGUUCUACAAAGAAAUUAUUGGAGAGAGUAAAAGUGAAUAAGAAUAAGAAAUUAUAUAAAUCAUAUGCUAUUAUUAACUUUAAAAAUAAGGAAUCUAAAUAGAAUGCUCUUUAUUAAGAUUUGAGAAUAUUUGGAAUUAAAUUUAAAGAUUUAUAAUUAAGAAUUGAUGAUGCUGAUCAUAAGAAACUUUUGUAUAUAAAUAAUUUAUCAAAAUUUUCAAAUGUGAAAUAUUUUGUCGAAUUCUUAAAGUUGCAUUUAGGUAUUUAAUUUGAACCACUUGAUGAAAGAAUAUAAUUAUAGAAUAAUAUAGUAUGUUUAAUUUUAAAAGACUUUUAAGAAACAAAGGAAGCAUUUGAUAAGUUAAAUAGUUUAACAUUUUCAGUAAAGUUAUUUAAUAUUAAUAGAGAUUUAAAAUGAAUGCAUUUCAUUAUCCUGAUGGUUUGAAAUAUAUGGGUAGUAGAAUAGCAGAACAUUUUAAUAGUAAUACAGCCCUUUUGAUUUUGGAUUAGAAUUUGUAAAAAUUAAGAUUUGAAAUGGAUCAAUAUUGGAAGGAAGUACAAUAAGAGAAAUAAGAAAGAGAGAUUGUUACAAAAGAGUCUUAAUAACCUAUUAGAUAAGAGAUUCAUUCAACAGAUAUGCAAUAAUGCAUAAUAGAAAUGAUUGAAGAAUCUUAUCAAGAGGAGGAAUUUUAAUUAGAGCUCUUUGGUUUGGUUUGGGAUGAAGAAGCUCAAUACUGAUU